AUGCAUUUCUUUCAGAACUCUCUCAUCGCUGCGGCCAUGGGCGCUGCGCUGGUCGCCGCCGCCCCUGCCGCUGACCUGGAGGCUCGCUCCUCGUGCACCUUCACCUCUGCCUCUGCCGCCAAGUCCGGUGCCUCCAAGUGCUCCACCGUCACCUUGAAGGGCAUUGAGGUCCCUGCCGGUCAGACUCUCAACCUGGAGGGUCUCAAGUCCGGUGCCACCGUCAUCUUCGAAGGCGAGACCACCUUCGGCUACAAGGAGUGGAAGGGCCCUCUGAUCUCCGUCUCCGGUGACAACAUCACCGUCAAGCAGGCCUCCGGCGCCAAGAUCAACUGUGACGGCGCCCGCUGGUGGGACACCAAGGGCAGCAACGGCGGCAAGACGAAGCCCAAGUUCUUCAAGGCCCACAAGCUCAACAACUCCAAGAUCCAGGGCCUGAAGAUCUACAACACCCCCGUGCAGGGCUUCAGCAUCCAGUCCGACCACCUGACCAUCACGGACGUCACCAUCGACAACUCCGCCGGUACAAGCAAGGGCCACAACACCGACGCCUUCGACAUCGGCUCCUCCACCUACAUCACCAUCGACGGCGCCACCGUCUACAACCAGGACGACUGCCUGGCCAUCAACUCCGGCGAGCACAUCACCUUCACGAACGGCUACUGCUCCGGCGGCCACGGUCUCUCCAUCGGCUCCGUCGGCGGCCGCAGCGACAACACCGUCAAGAGCGUCAGCAUCACCAACUCCAAGGUCGUGGACUCCCAGAACGGCGUGCGCAUCAAGACCGUCUACAAGGCCACCGGCUCCGUCACCGACGUCACCUUCGAGGACAUCGAGCUCUCCGGCAUCACCAAGUACGGUCUUAUUGUUGAGCAGGACUACGAGAACGGCAGCCCCACUGGAUCCCCUACCAACGGCGUCAAGGUCGACGACAUCACCUUCAAGAAGGUCACUGGUUCCGUUGGCAGCAAGGCCACCCGUGUCAACAUCCUCUGUGGAUCCGGUAGCUGCAAGGACUGGACUUGGUCUGGUGUUGAUAUCACCGGUGGCAAGAAGAGCUCCAAGUGCAAGAACGUUCCUUCUGGUGCUUCUUGCUAA